UAUAUAUAUUGACCAUUAGAAUUUAUUCAAUUCAACUUAAUUAUCUAACUUCUUCAUCCCACACAAAACUCAACUCAAAUGGGUGCCGAACCUCAAAGGCUUCACAUAGCCUUAUUCCCCCUCAUGGCAGCUGGUCACAUGAUCCCAAUCCUAGACAUAGCCAAACUCUUUUCUUCCUACAAUCUCAAAACCACCAUAAUCACAACCCCUCUAAACGCUUCGUUUUUCACUAAACCCCUUCAAAACUCUAAACACAACAUCGGUAUCGAAAUCAUUCCCUUUCCUUCCAAGGAAAUGGGAUUACCAGAAGGAAUCGAAAAUUUCGACCAAUUCACAUCCGAUGAAAUGUCAAUCAAGUUUUUAAAUGCUACCCAACAACUUCAACAUUCACUUGAACAAGUUUUACUCAAAUGCAAGCCUAACUGUUUAGUUUCUGAUAUGCUUUUUCCUUUUUCUGUUGAUGUAGCCGCUAAAUUUAAUAUCCCACGUGUUGUAUUUCAUGGUACUAAUUAUUUUUCACAAUGUUUAACUCAUGCUAUGAUUAAGUAUGAGCCUUAUAAAUCGGUUUUAUCGAAUGAGGAAGAAUUUGUUAUCCCGAAUCUUCCUCAUCAGAUAUUGCAUACCAAAUCACGAUUGCCAUCGAUUAUGCGAGGCGAGAAAAGAGAUCAUGAUGAGGAUGAUCAAUCUGGGGAAUUUAUGAAGGUUUUUGUUCAGGCGUUAGAGGCAGAGGAAAAGAGUUAUGGGAUUAUUGUGAAUAGUUUUUAUGAACUGGAACCGGAUUAUGCUGAGCAUUAUAGAAAGGUAAUGGGUAGGAAGGCAUGGAGUAUAGGUCCGGUUUCGAUGUGUAAUCGUGAAAUUGAAGAUAAAUUUCAACGAGGGAAAGAUUCUGGGAUCGGUUCUCAUCUGUGUUUGGAGUGGUUAGGUUCAAGGAAACCAAAUUCAGUUGUUUAUGUUUGUUUUGGAAGUUUAGCUGAAGUUUCGAGUUUGCAGCUUUAUCAGAUUGCAUUAGGUCUAGAAGCUUCUGGGUAUGAUUUUAUAUGGGUUGUUAGGAGGGGAAGUGGUGUGGAUGAGGAGGGGGAGGAAGAGUGGUUACCAUUAGGGUUUGAGAAAAGAAUGGAAGGGAAAGGAUUAAUUAUAAAAGGGUGGGCCCCACAAAUGUUGAUUUUGGAUCAUGAAGCUGUAGGUGCGUUUGUGACUCAUUGUGGAUGGAACUCGACUUUAGAAGGGAUUUCGUGUGGGGUUCCUUUGGUGACUUGGCCGGUUUUCGCUGAGCAAUUUUAUAAUGAAAUAUUGGUGACUCAAGUGUUGAAGAUUGGGAUAUCAACUGGUGCGAAGGAAUGGAAUAGAAAGGUGGAAGGUGUUAUUGUGAAAUGGGAGGAUAUAAAGGAGGUUAUAAGAAGGAUUAUGAUGGGUGAUGAAGCUUUGGAGAUAAGAAGUAGGGCUAAUAAAGUGAAGGAAUUGGCAAGAAAGGCUAUUGAAGUAGGUGGGUCCUCUUAUGUUAAUAUGUGUUCCUUGAUACAAGAGUUAAGUACCUAUGAUGUUACUACAAAAACAAGGGCAUUAGUAUUGGAAGAAGAGUUGCAAAGCAAUGUUGCAUUGGGCUAAAAGUCUAGAUCAUGAAGAAUAUAACAAAGGAUUGUGUUUUUUGUAUUUGAAUUAUGCUUAUGAGAAUGAGAAUACAUUUUUAGCUUUACAUCUUUCCUAUAUUACCCUAAUCUUUGCCUAAAUUUGAAAUAUCUAAUUGGUUUGUAUAUUGUCUAAUUAUUUUGAUUUUACAUUAAGUGUAUAUUAAUUGACAUUGAUAUAGUAUUUGAUUGUACUCUCUGCGUUAGGUUUGGUCAUUUAGUGUAUAUUAAAAAGGAUUAGUUGGUACUUGGUAAUAGUUUCGCCAAGAUAUU